AACACCUGUCGGACUAAGCCACCCUAACUACAGCAAAAAAAAGCCAUCCCCGACCCCAAUCCAAAUCCCCCACCUACGCUCCACCUUCUACCACAUCGCCACCGGAGAAGCACCACAGGCCGCCGCCGCCCCACCCACCUUCUGCCGCCCUACCCCGCCCGCGUCCACCUUCUGCCGCGCCGCCAGAGCACCACCCCGGCCGCCGCCGUGCCCCGCCUAACCCCCGUCCACCUUCUUACAAAGCCGCCAUCGGAGCACCACUCCCAGGCCGCUGUCGCGCGCCUUCCUCUCGCGGCCAGGGCUCCUCGAGCCACCUUCCUCUCUACUCUCGCCACCGCAAGCUGCCCCACCACCUUCCUCUCUACAGCCGGCCGCCGCGAGCCAGCGUCGCUCCGCCGCCUCCAUCUCUGCGCACGGCCGCGGCAAGCCAGCACCACCGAACCACCUUCCUCUCCGUGCCUGACCGCCGUGAGCCGGUGCCAUCCCGCCAGCUUCUUCUCCGCGCCCAACUGCCUCGAGGUGUGCGACCCCGACCACGGACCCAUGGAUACCGUGUCAGAUCCGAGUUCCUCCCUCCCCUGAGCAACACCGCACCCACCUGAAUCACCGAGGACGAGCUCUCUCCUCCUCUUGGCGGUCUCCAUCCAGGGCCUCAUCUGCACCAUUCGUGGUGCUCCGGCGCCGCCCCAGCUCAUGCAGCUCGGUCGCGGCCCCCGUGCAGCUCGCCCGCGGCCCCCAUCUUUGUGCAGGUUCACCAGCCACCGCUUGCCUCUGCUGGCCUCCCUUGUCGUCAGCCAUGACGCCGCAACCACUGGCCUCGAGCAUCCUCUCCUCCCCAUCGAUUGUUUUUUGCUUUUUCAGAUUUCACUUGGGCACAUCGCUGCAGUUCUGUUGGGGCAUCGGUGCAGUGCGGCUGGAUGUCCAGUCCAUCGGUGAUCGUGCUUGCAGUUUGGUGGCACGAGGCUCGUGGUCAGAUGUGCAGUGUAGUGCUAUUAGCCCUUCCGCACUGCAGUUCGCCGGCAGAUGUGUUGACCAUCCAAGAUCAACUGCACCCCAUCCCCCCGCCGGCGCCAUGCAGUCCAGUACGUGGGGGCACGCAGCACGCCCCACCGUUGCCUUGCAGUCCAAAGUCCGGAUUUCUUGCUGUUGCGUUGCGUGCAACGACAAGGAGAAGUCCGGAUUCAUCAGCCUCGUCUCCCGCUACCUGAGUGUGGCAGGGCGGCGGAUGCAGUGCGGCAGGGCGGCGCUUGCAGUGCGGCACUCACAGCCGAGCAGCAAACCCACUGAACCUAUCGAGUAGAUGAGGCCGAUGAAUCCCUGCAGAAAACGGAAGAUCCUAUCCAUCAGUUCUUGCAUCUUUGUCAUGUUUUUCUAGUGAUUGAUCUGAUGAUCCGUUGUGCAAGAUAGGCUGAAGGCCCAGCUUUCUUCGGUACGACAUCAACAGAGUACUCUUUGUGCUGAAACCAUGGAAAACUCAAAACGGUGCCAGGGCUCAUCUGCUCCCUCUCAGCAAAAAAUUCAAAAAAAAUACUAGAAAAAUUCAAAAAAUUCCAAACUUUUUUGUGGUGGUAGAUAAUUUGACGCGUGAGGUGCGCCCCAAAAUUCAACUCAUUUGGACAUCUGAGCAGCUCUCGGCAAAAAAGACAAAUCGGGUCAAAACAGUGCGUGAACAGUAAACAUUUUUACAGACCCUGAUUUUGUCUUUUUUGCCGAGAGCUGCUCCGAUGCUCAAAUGAGCUGAUUUUUGGGGCGCACCUCACGCGUCAAAUUAUCUACCACCACAAAAAAAAAAUUGGAUUUUUUCGAUUUUUUCUAGUAUUUUUUUUGAAUUUUUUUCUAAGCGUGGGUGCAGCUGAGCCCGGGUGCAGAUUAGCCGCACUCCUGAAACCAUGCCUUUUUUUGUUGUUGCGAAACACAAGUUUAUUAUAGUACUAGAAUCAUUAGCAAGAAUGUCUGGGAACUUGCUUUUAGUGAGAUAUAGGUUCUUUUUUCAAGGCAGAAACGGGAGUUUACAGAAACCUACGAAAUUAACAGAUUGCAAUGCUCAUUAUCUGAGACCACAAGUUAUCUUGUUUA